AAUGUUAGUUUACUCAUUUAAUAACAAAAUUUUGAAAAAAAAAACUAUCAAAUUCCUUGUUAACACAGUCAAGGCAUUGAAAAUGGAGCAGCAAAAUUGAACUUAUCCUUUUGUUCGAUUUUUACCACAAUUCCAAACAAAUGCCACCCUGAAGGUCGGUCGGCUAGGUACUUCCCUUUCUUUUCACAUUGCAAUAUUGUUCCAUCUUUUCAUCAAUGCCAUCUAGCAGUUACCGGAGCAUCGAUUCCCGGCGAGCAACUGAGGCCUUGUAGCAGUUAUGGGAUGUGUUCAGGGCAAGUCUACUUCAACCUACUCAUCUUCUCGGGGACUAGAGAAGCUUAAACAAGAAUAUCGUUAUGCUAAGAGAGGGAAUGAAGUGCAGAAAUUGCCAGGGAAGGGUAGUAAUGCAAUGUUGGUUAGAUAUGAAAGGGACAAUAAAGAUGUUGGCAUGGUUAAUGGGGCUAAUGGAAAUGGCGAAAAGGCGGUUGCUAGGGAAGUGGAGACAGUCAUGAAGAAUGGUGCUAAUGGAAAUGUUUCUAAAAGAAAUGUGCCAAGGAAGAUUGGAGGUGACGAGCUUGUUAGUGGAUGGCCUAAAUGGCUUGUUGAUAAUAUCCCUGGUGAGGUUUUGUCUGGUUUGGUUCCAAGGAGUGCUGAUUCCUAUGAUAAGCUUGCCAAGGUGGGGCAAGGAACUUAUAGCAAUGUGUACAAAGCUCGAGACAAGGACACUGGAAAGAUUGUUGCUUUGAAGAAGGUCCGUUUUAACACUUCAGAGCCUGAGAGUGUUAAAUUUAUGGCAAGAGAGAUUAUGAUACUUCAAAAGCUAAACCAUCCAAAUGUUAUCAGCCUUGAAGGACUAGCCACUUCAAGGAUGCAGUACAGUCUUUAUCUGGUUUUCGAUCUCAUGCAGUCAGACUUAACCAAAGUUAUCUCCCGUCCAGGCGAGCGGCUCACUGAACCCCAGAUCAAGUGUUACAUGCAACAGCUGCUAUCAGGUCUCCAGCACUGUCAUGAAAGAGGAAUCUUGCACCGAGACAUUAAAGGUUCCAACCUGUUGAUAGACAGGGACGGGGUGUUGAAAAUAGCAGAUUUUGGUCUUGCCAAUACAUUCAAUCCCAAAUCAAAUCGCCCACUUACGAGCCGGGUUGUAACACUUUGGUACAGAGCUCCAGAGCUACUAUUAGGUUCUACAGAUUAUGGUGUUGGGAUUGAUCUCUGGAGUGCAGGAUGCCUGUUAGCUGAGAUGUUUGUUGGAAGACCAAUUAUGCCUGGUAGGACAGAGGUAGAGCAGCUUCAUCGAAUUUUUAAGCUUUGUGGUUCGCCCUCAGAGGACUACUGGAAAAAGAUGAAGCUACCAGCAAGCUUUCGGCCUCCACAGCAGUACAAGCCUGGAUAUCUAGAUGCAUUUGGAGACUUCCCAUAUUCAUCAUUUGGUCUCCUGACAAUGCUUCUAGCUCUGGACCCAUCAUAUCGUGGCACUGCAGCUUCUGCGCUUCAGAGUGAAUUCUUUUCUUCAAGUCCAUUGGCAUGUGACCUGUCAGGUCUACCAGUAAUGUAUAAAGGGGAGGAUGAACCAUCUAAAACCAAAGAUCGGAAGAAGCACAGAACUUCAAAAACAAAGCAAUCUUAUAGAAAGAAACAUGAAGGUCAUGAGGCAAAGGACCAUAUGACAGAACAAAAGAAAGAUGACACUGAUACUUCCAGGGGGAAGUCACAAAAUUUUAGUUUCAUCCUUCAAGAGAAGCUUCUGAAAUUCCUUUCUGGUGCUUCUCUAGACAAAUAG